AUCACUUCUCUGAAGACGUAACUACAGUCUUCUCGCGAGAGUACGCGCAGUUUCCCAGCCAGCAGUGUGGUGCGCUUGUAGAGACGAAGAAAGAUGGCGACGCAGGAGAGCGGAGUAACCAAAGCUACCGUGAGCAACGGCGAGGUAAGCAGCAAUGGGACUGCUGCAACAACAGAUGGCCAGACUGUGCAGACAGCUGGAAAUGCACAGGACCCUCAACAGCAACAGCAGCAACAGCAAGCUCCUAAUGCAUGGCAGGUCAUUAAAGGAGUUCUCUUCAGAAUCUUCAUAAUCUGGGCGAUCAGUAGCUGGUUCCGCCGAGGGCCAUCCACUCCUGACCCCAGCACACCAGCCGGUGCCCCCAGGGUACCCAGCAGGAACCUCUUCCCCAAAGACACUCUCAUGGAUCUGUACGUGUACGUGUCCCAGGAGGAAGUCUUCUCUGACUUCAACAACACAGAUGCCCUGUUCUGGUUCCACAGGGAUCUGGUCUAUGGAGACUGGACCACAGGGGAAGAUGGUGAUGGCUGCUACCAGCACUAUAAGGAAAUGGAUAUCCCAGAAAAAAUACAGCAGAACGGCUCACUUUACAUACACCUCUACUUCACUAAAAGUGGAUUCCACCCAGACCCCAAACGAAAGGGGCAGUAUCGCAGACUGGCAACAGUUCACGCAACCAGAAUGCUGAAUAAAUAUAAGCGAAGAAAGUUUCUGAAGACCAAGAAUCUGCUCACAGGAGAGACGGAAGCAGACCCCGAGAUGAUCAAGCGAGCAGAGAGCCACGGUCCAGUGGAGAUUAUCUCACAUUGGCACCCCAACCUCACUAUCAAUAUGGUGGAUGACCACACAGCCUGGGUGAAGGGCUCUGUUCCACCUCCUCUAGACCAGUAUGUUAAGUUUGAUGCAGUCAGUGGCGACUACUAUCCCAUUGUAUACUUCAAUGACUACUGGAACCUUCAGAAGGACUACUAUCCCAUCAACGAGACCCUAAAAAGCCUCCCGCUCCGCCUCAGUUAUUGCCCGCUGUCCUUGUGGCGCUGGCAGCUGUAUGCAGCCCAGAACGCUCGCUCACCCUGGAAUUUCCUUCCUGAGGACACCUACGAGCAAUCCGAUGAAGACCAAGACUCAGUCAAGGUGGCCCUCCUGGAAACCAAUCCAUACCUGCUGGGACUCACCAUCGUUGUCUCCAUUGUGCACAGCAUCUUUGAGUUUCUCGCCUUCAAGAACGAUAUCCAGUUUUGGAACAGCAGACAGUCUCUAGAAGGUCUAUCUGUGCGCUCCAUCAUAUUUGGAGUAUUUCAGUCUCUAGUGGUGCUGCUGUACAUUCUGGACAACGAAACCAACUUUGUGGUGCAGGUCAGCGUCUUCAUUGGCCUUCUCAUUGACCUGUGGAAAAUCACCAAGGUCAUGGAUGUCAAAUUGGACAGAGAGAACAAAUUCGUAGGAGUGUUCCCAAGAUUGGUAUUCAAAGAUAAGUCGACUUAUGUGGAGUCUUCAACCAAAAUCUACGAUGAUAUGGCCUUCAAGUACUUGUCAUGGCUGCUCUACCCUCUGUUUGGCUGCUAUGCGGUCUACAGUUUAUUGUACGUAGAGCACAAAGGCUGGUACUCAUGGGUACUCAGCAUGCUCUAUGGCUUCUUGUUAACCUUUGGUUUUAUUACAAUGACGCCACAGCUUUUCAUCAACUAUAAAAUGAAGUCUGUAGCUCACCUCCCAUGGAGGAUGCUCACCUACAAGGCUCUCAAUACCUUUAUUGAUGACCUUUUUGCCUUCGUAAUCAAGAUGCCAAUGAUGUACAGGAUAGGAUGCCUCAGAGAUGAUGUGGUGUUCUUCAUCUACCUUUACCAGCGCUGGAUCUAUCGAGUCGAUCCCAACAGGGUCAACGAGUUCGGUACCAGCGGAGUAGACCACGCCCAGAACAACACAGCAGCCCCUGCCCCAGAUGCCGCCUCCGCUGCAAUCACAGACAAACCAGAAGGGGAGAAGAAGAAUGAUUAAGCGAGAUCCCACCCUCAUCUUCCUCCCUGGCUCUCACUGCUGGAGUGAAGAGGACUUGUGGAAAGUGGGGCAUGGAGUGGAGUUGUUGUUUAGCUAUCAUGGAUGCCGCUACCAAAACAGAAAAAAGAAAAAAAAAAUGCAGUUCAGCUGUUCCUUCUGGUUUCUUUGUGGAUGCACAGAGAGUCAUAUUCAGUGUAGACUUGGUAAAUUAUUUCUGCUCCCCACCCACCCCUGCCCUCCGUUUUGCAGUUCAAGUGAAGUAAAACAAAACGUGAUGUACUGUAUUCUGUAUGAUUUUUUUUUUUUUUUUCACUUCAGAGGGUAACAGUGUCUGGAAGUAGAUGUUGGGAGGGGAACAGGUCGCAGUUGUGCUACUUUUUAUUAUUUUUAUACAGAGGAAAAAGAGGCCAGGUGCAGCUUUUGUUCUUUGUGUAGAUUCCUUUUCAUUCCAUGUGAGCACUCUGUUUCGGCUUGGUCGGAAACGGGUGAGUAGUGCUGGAAACUGGAAAGAUCCUGAGCCGCAAUGGAGGUUGGUGAAGAAGCGAGGUGGCGACUGGAUGACCGUGCAGGACGUUACCCACGAGAUAAUGACUACUACCCUGAAUUUUAAACAAAUGGUUAAUGUUCUAAACUUGAACAUAUAAAAAAUAACAGCCUUGUUGGUAUUAAUAUAAAUAUAUUAAUAUUGUCAAUGACUUAAUUUUUGUUUUUCAGUCACUGAUGCAUUCUUUUGUAUUUUCCUCAAACUGUACAGCCUCAUGUUAAUAUUACCAAUGUCAAACUGUUUAGCAAUAGGUAAUUUGCAAGUCUCAUUUUUAUUACCCCUCCCCUUCCCCUUCCUCAGCUGGUCAUCUGACUUUUUGGAUGGUUUCAUCUUCACGCUCCAAAAUCACGUUUGACGGACACAGCAGAGUCGAGCAGAGUCAGGCUUGUGCUGGAAGAGUUACAGUGUCUCUUUUUUUCUUUUUGAGUGCUGUAAAUCCUGAAAGGAUGAGGGGUUCCAUGUUGGUACAUAUAUUUUCAAGGAUUCAUGUUUAUAGUAAAACUAAGUGUGAUUUAAAAUGUCUAUGCAAAGUUGUUUUUGUUUUUGACACCUUUUUAAAAUAUUUGUUUUAGGUUUUAGGACAACAUUUUUGCAUGACACUUCAUUUUGCACAUUAAUUUCUAUUGAUGUUACAGAAAAUACAAAUUGUGCUAACACGGCA